UCUAAUGAUAUAUAUGUAGCAAUAUGGACAGAGUCCAACACUAGAAGACAAAGAAGCUGUGUUUCCCCGCAACCCAUCAUCCACCAGACACAGACCUACCAUUCUCCAUCUAAACUGUGCUUCUUCUCUAUAUUAAAUGAAAAAGAAAAAUCAACGAUUGGAUUUGAAGGAAUGAACACGCUUGUGGAGUGA